AUGCAUUCAUCCUUGACCCGCAUCCAGUCCGUAUUCGGUUUCUUCACUACAGUCGUGCUGGUCAUCAGCGCACUGGCAGCCGUUUCGGUCCUCUUAUUCCCAGCAGACGAGACCAAUGCCUCAGUGCAGCUGAAGAACGUGCAGGUCGUCAAAGGCCGACCGCACUACUACUCCACCAAACGCGAAGAAUACGCCCAGCUCCGCUUCGACCUAGACGCUGACCUGAGCCCUCUCUUCAACUGGAACACAAAACAGCUCUUUGUCUACGUAUACGCUACCUAUUCCUCCUCCGAUAAGCCCGGCUCACAAGUCCGAGCCUCGGAGUCCAUCAUCUGGGACACUAUAAUCCCCGCGACCCCGUCGCCGUAUUCGUGGGAUGUCCUCAAAGACCAGGUCCUUGCGCUUCUUCCCGCGACAGUUACCUCUGAGGCUGUGUCUGCUGCGAAGAGGAAUGCUAAGCGUCAUGCUAAGUCGGCUAAGGCGGCGAAGAGUAAGAAGGAGGCUCUUGCGCCCGGUGUUCUGAGACUGCGUGGCCAGAAGGGUAAGUAUCAGAUCAGUGAUAUUACUGGUCGUCUGGCCCAGCGUCAGAAUGUCACCCUUCAUGUCGGAUGGAAUGUUCAGCCUUGGGUUGGGGCUUUGUUCUGGGCGCCUGGUACCGGUGCUGCGCCCCGGACUGGCGGAACAAUUGUUAGCAGUGAGCCUUUUGAUUUCCCGGAGGUGAAGGAUAAUAAGAAGGCUGCUGCGGAGAAGAGAGCUAAGGAGGCGGAGAAGCUGGAGAAGAAGGCGAGUGUAUAG